UGGAACUCAAAGCAAUGUGAAAACUGGACUUAAACAACACCUAGAAAGGCUGGAUGAGAUUUUUGCUUCAAGGACUGAUUACCUCCAGGCCCUGCGCUUCCUUCAGCUAAUGGCUAACAACAUCAUUCGUGAGCUGACGGCUCUGCCAGAUAUCAACAGAACCAAGAUUGACUUGGCAGCCAUUGCCGACCAGACUGCUUUCAUUGAGUAUUACAGAUGGCUGACCUACCUGCUGCUGCUGAUCCUUGACCUGGUCAUCUGCUUGGUGAUGUGCUUAGGAAUUGCUAAGCAGUCUCAGUGUCUGCUGAUCACGAUUAUUGGUUUUGUGAUACUGUCCUUGAUUCUAAGCUGGGCUGCCCUAGGAAUUGGCACUGCGACAGCUGUGGGCACAAGCGACUUCUGUGUAUCUCCAAAUAAAUUCAUUGUUAACCAAACCAAGGAUUUCCUCACUGCAGAUGUUGCACACUAUUAUUUGUUCUGCAGUCCGAAUCUACAAAACCCCUUUCAGCAGUCUCUAACCAUCUGCCAGCGCUCACUGACCACAAUGCAAAUCCAGAUCCAGGGCCUGCUGCAGUUUACCGUGCCCAUUUUUCCAAUGGCUCAGAGAGACCUUUUAGGGAUCCAGCGCCUGUUAAACUCCACAGAGUUCAAUGUUCACCAGCUAACAGCCUUGCUUGACUGCCGCGGGAUACAUAAGGACUACCUGGAUGCCCUAAUGGGUGUGUGUUAUGAUGGAGUGGAGGGGCUCCUUUACCUCUCCUUGUUCUCUCUUCUGGCCGCCUGCACACUCUCUGCCAUGUUGUGUGUAAUUUUCCGACUGUGGACAUUAAUGGGCGGCAGGGAGAAAGAGUACAACGACAUCGAUGAGGAGGACCCGUUCAACCCCCAAGCACGCAGGCUGUCCUUUAACCCCAGAAGGUCCAACACGCACAGUUUCUGCAGCUACAUCAGCAGCCUUGGCAGCCAGGCCAGCCUUCAUCCUCCUCCUCAGUCUUCUUCUAAUUCCACAAUACAACCUCCUGAAUAUAUGAAUCAGUCCAUGCUGUUUGGAGGAACCCCUCGAUAUGAAAAUGUGCCACUCAUAGGGGGAGGAUCUCCACCUCCUUCGUAUUCACCCAGUAUGAGGACCACCUACCUGUCCAUGACUGAUUCGCAGAUCAGGCACUUGAGGACUGAUUUCCAGGUGUAAGCUGCUGCCUGCUGAACCCUCCUCUGUGCAUCAGUCAGAGCUACUGAUCCCCCGCUGAGAAAGCUGUCUUCAUGACAUAAUCCUAUUUACAGGAAUAACAGAUUUUUGUCCAAUCUCAAGCAUGAAAACAGCCCAUAUGACAGUAACUUCAAUAAGAUGCCAGCGAACUGCUUAAAAAGGCCUGAAUGCAGUUUUGACAGCGAUGGCCUGAGAUACUUUUAUGGAAACAACUGAAAUGGAAACAUUUUUGACUGUCAGAUCCAGAGCUUUGAACUGAAAUAAUCCAACUGUGUCUUUUUUUUUUUUUUUAUAUAUCAUGUGCAAAGCUAGGACAAUCGUGAAUCAUUGAUUUCAUUUUAAUACUAAAUGAGCAGUGGAAUUUGCUACUUUUAGACCCUCAAUUUGUGUUUGUCUUACAUUGUCACGUGUUUAGCAGCAGUGUGAUAAUGUUUUAGUGACCUAACAUGGUGCAAUAUCAAACACUUUUCUAAAAAUGCAUACCUGCAUAUAAUGAAACUGGAUUAUAUCUUUCUGUUUGGUGUAGCAGAGCCAAAGAUGCCUUUAUGUAUGAGUCUUAUUGACACACCAGAGUUUUUUUUUUAAUGCACUAUAUGAGGAUGUAGAUGCAUGUGUGUUAUAAAAUGGACAUGUAAGUCCCUAAUUUUAUCAGACUUAUCCAAUUUUGUCACAAGUGAGGAAAAAAAUAAAUGUAUAAGCAAGAAGAAAAGGUUUGUUAAUACACUGUGACUCAUAUAAAAUUAAUAAAGUGAAAAAGGAAUACAAAUCUUGAAACCAAUUUUCUCCUUUCUUCAAGAAUAUUUCUGGAAGUUGUAUUAUUUUCUUUUUUUUAUGUUUGCUAAUGUUUUAAUCUCAGAUUAGAUGGACCUGUAAUUAUUAUACUAGCUGUUUUUUUGGGAUUUAGUUUGAGCUAAUGUCAAAGGAAACUAUCUUAUGUACGUUAAAGGAGAAAUUAUAAA